UUCUUCGUAGAGAGGCGGAACUGGGCCAAACAGCGGCCGAUGCGAAGGGAAAGCGCUUCCUCUAUGCCGCCACGCUGUUCCCUUCGGCGUGCGGGUGGAACUUUGUGAGCGUGGAAGCAGCGGGAGCGCUUGAAGGCCGGGUCCGAUCAGUGAGAUAUGGCUGAGCAGGAUGUGGAGAAUGAGUUGCUGGACUAUGAGGAAGACGAAGAGCCUCAAGCAGUGACUGACGUAGCCCCCAUUCCUGCCAAAAAGGAUGUGAAGGGCUCCUAUGUUUCCAUCCACAGUUCUGGUUUCCGAGAUUUCCUACUGAAGCCAGAGCUACUUCGUGCCAUUGUGGACUGCGGCUUUGAGCAUCCAUCAGAAGUGCAGCAUGAAUGCAUUCCACAGGCUAUCCUGGGCAUGGAUGUGUUAUGCCAAGCCAAAUCAGGCAUGGGCAAAACUGCUGUCUUCGUAUUGGCCACUCUGCAGCAGAUUGAACCGUCAGAUGGCCAGGUGUCAGUGUUGGUGAUGUGUCAUACCCGGGAGCUGGCCUUUCAGAUAAGCAAGGAAUAUGAGCGCUUUUCCAAGUAUAUGUCUUCUGUCAAGGUAUCUGUUUUCUUUGGGGGCCUUUCCAUCAAGAAGGAUGAAGAGGUGUUGAAGAAAAACUGCCCACAUAUUGUGGUGGGGACCCCAGGCCGUAUUCUAGCUCUGGUACGCAACAAGACCCUCAACCUGCGCAAUGUCAAGCAUUUUGUAUUGGAUGAGUGUGACAAGAUGCUGGAGCAGCUGGACAUGCGUCGUGAUGUGCAGGAGAUCUUUCGACUGACUCCCCACGAGAAGCAAUGCAUGAUGUUCAGUGCCACCUUGAGCAAGGAGAUCCGACCAGUCUGCCGGAAAUUCAUGCAGGAUCCCAUGGAGGUGUUUGUGGAUGAUGAGACCAAGCUGACUCUGCAUGGCUUGCAGCAGUAUUAUGUGAAGCUGAAGGACACGGAGAAAAACCGCAAACUCUUUGACCUGUUGGAUGUGCUGGAGUUCAACCAGGUUGUGAUAUUUGUGAAGUCAGUGCAACGCUGCAUGGCAUUAGCUCAGCUCCUGGUUGAGCAGAACUUCCCUGCAAUUGCUAUUCACAGGGGCAUGUCUCAGGAAGAGAGGCUCUCUCGGUACCAGCAAUUCAAGGACUUCCAGCGUCGGAUCCUGGUGGCCACUAAUCUUUUUGGCCGUGGGAUGGACAUUGAGCGGGUCAACAUUGUCUUCAAUUAUGACAUGCCUGAGGAUUCUGACACCUACCUGCACAGAGUGGCCCGAGCUGGGCGCUUUGGCACAAAAGGCUUGGCUGUUACCUUUGUAUCUGAUGAAGGUGAUGCCAAAAUCCUCAAUGAAGUGCAGGAUCGCUUUGAGGUAAAUGUGGCUGAGCUCCCUGAAGAGAUAGACAUCUCCUCAUAUAUUGAGCAAAGCCGGUAGCGUCUCAAGGAUCCUCCUUGUCUCAUGCACCAUGGAAGCUGAGCCCAGCACCUCCACAAUUCUAGCUCUUUGUUGGAGCAAGACAGAAUGUUUUUUUUUAAAAAGAUAUAUAUAUAUAUGCUUUUGAACCUUUAGGGGUUGUGGUCUUAAAUGAACGUCUUACAAAUUGUGCUGGUGAUAUUUUGACUCAUCUCAAGUCUGGGGGCUUUUUAAUUAGAUGUUUCUAUUUUCUGUACAUUAAGUCCCAGUGGCUGCGUUACCUAAUAAAUGAUUUUU